AUGAUUUCAAAUAUACCAUUGAAUAGCAAAAAUUCUUUAACAUUUGAAAGUGUUGUAUGUACACAAUUAGAAUUAAAACGACGUGCAGAAUCAUUUUCACGUCGUCGAAGUACAAUGUGUCGACGAUUAUCAACACAUAUGCCAUCAACAAUAUUAUCAAAUCGUCGUAUAACAUCAACAUCAAUACCAUCGAAAUCUCAAUUAAAUGAUCGAACAUCAAUAUCAACAACAUCAGAUAUUUCAACACAAUUUUUAAACAAAAAAAAUUUAAGUAAUGAUAGUAAACAUAGUCACAUGUCGUCAACUCAUUCUAUUACGCCUGCUACCUUAGAAGGUUUAACUGAACGAGAAUCAUUUGCUCCUAUGUUUUAUUGGGAUGGAUCAUCAAGAAGUGCUGCUACAAUAAAAAAAAGUGUAUCACGUGCAUCAAAAUGGAGUAUUGAUUUUCAUAAAGAAACACCUCAUUAUGGUAGUUUACGUUCACGUUUAAUUGAAGAAUAUACUGAUUGUGAAUCAUUACUUGAAUUUGUUAAAAAAACUAUACUUGUACUUAUGAAAACAAAAGCAGCAACUAUUUUUCUUGGUCUUCUUCUUAUUCUUCCUAUUAUAAUGAUGAGUAUUGGUGUUAGUCAUUUAAAUGAUUGCCCACGUCAAACAAAUUUACCAAUUUAUUUAUUUGUUGCUGGUAUUGUAUGGACAACAAAACUUCUUCAAAAUAUUUGGCAUAAAUAUCGUUUACAACAAAAAGUUCUAAAUGAUGAAGAACCAUCAUCUGAUCAUAAUGAUGGUCAUGCAUUUAUUGAUGGUUUAAUGACAUCAUUUCUUGUUAUAUGGUUUUUUUUAGGUCAUUAUUGGUUAGUAACUAUUGGAUAUCCACCAUAUUUCGAACAAUUAUUAGAAAAUCCUGAUAUAUGGUGUCAUAAAACAGUUGUUUUAUGUGCAUUAGCAUCAAUACUUAUAACUUAUUUUAUAUUAAUUACAUUUGUUAGUGUUGUUAUAUUUCUUGUAUUCUUUACUCGAUAUACAAUUAUUAAACGAGCUUCAACAAAUUAA